AUGUUGGAUCAGAUUCAUCUGCUGGCUGCCGUGACAGUCCUGGGAGUCCUGGAGCAAGCCUACUUCUUCCUCCAGGUGAUCUACGCCAGGCGGUUGUUUGGCAUUUCUCCUCCAAAGACUUCAGGUCCACCUGAAUUUGAGAGGAUCUUUCGAGCACAGGUGAACUCCUCUGAGUAUUUUCCCAUUUUUCUGGCACUUCUGUGGCAGGCUGGACUCUUCUUCCAUCAAGGUCUGGCUGCAGCCUUGGGGCUGCUCUAUCUCUAUGCCCGCUACUGCUACUUCAUGGGAUACCGGGCAUCGUCCUCGGAAAGGCUCGCUCCGAUAUACUUCGGCACCGGCGUUCUCUGGAUUCUCAUUGCAGCAUCAGCCCUGGGCAUCUUGCAUUUCUUCCUCUCUCACUACAUGGGGCUGAAUGUCUUCCAGCUUCUCACAGCGUGA